AUGGACUACAGCAUGGAGGAUACGCAGAACUCAGCGCCCGAGGCGCAGCAAGCCAGCAAGCUGAACACCUCCGGUCAGAAAGGUGAUACCCACAAUGUGACCAAGCGCCUGCAAUCUGAGCUCAUGCAACUGAUGGUCUCUCCCUCUCCCGGCAUCUCCGCCUUCCCCGACGCAGACGGCAACCUCCUCUCAUGGACAGCAACUAUCACAGGCCCGACCGAGACACCCUACGAAAACCUGAGGCUGAAACUCUCCUUCGCCUUCCCCAACAACUACCCCUACUCGCCGCCGACAGUGCUUUUCAAAACCCCGAUCUACCACCCGAACGUGGACUUCUCCGGCCGCAUCUGCCUCGACAUCCUGAAGGACAAGUGGAGUGCAGUGUACAAUGUCUCCACCGUUCUGCUCAGUCUGCAAAGUCUCCUUGGAGAGCCUAAUAACGCGAGCCCUUUGAACGCGCAAGCCGCCGAACUCUGGGAUUCAGACCAGGCGGAGUUCAAGCGCCACGUCCUUGCUCGACACCAGGAUCUGGACGAGGAAUAG